AUCCAAUUCAGCACAUGAUCCCGAAUUUAUGGCAUCUUUCACUUUUCUGCUUCGUAAAGGUACAUCAAGUUUUCCUCACAGAAGUGUCACGGUAAUUUCCAGCGUACACAUUUGUCACCCACCCAGAAAAGAAGGGUGCAUUUAUGACAUCGCUGACAAGCAAUCUCGUGCGAAGAAGACAGAUAUCCCGCCGGACUGAGCUUCUGUGGAGAGUAUAAAACGCAGCAGGCCUCUACUAUGUGGCAUAUCGAAGGAAAUCUAACACGCAGCCAUGGGUCUCCGAGCAGUAGUCGAACUUGUUCUGAUCUGCGCGGUGCUUUUCAAUCUUGGAGAGACGGAGGCCCAGUCUCCAUAUGAGCUGCAAGUAAACACGGGCAGUGUUGUGACGAGCAUUGAUGACGAUAAGUUCCUGUGCGUAACUCUGGACUGGUGGCCUGCGGCCAAAUGUAACUACGGACAAUGUCCAUGGGGAGAAGCCGGACUUCCAUACCUGGAUCUCAAGAACCCGCUUUUACACGAAACUAUGAAAGCGCUGCAUCCGUUGACGGUCAGAGCCGGCGGGACGCUGGCGAAUUUGGUGGUCUACGAUAUCGGCCAGCUGAUUCCGGGAGAAGAGUGCAAGCCUUUCACCAUGAAUGGAUCUGCUUUGUACAAUUUCACCGGUGGAUGCCUGACCAUGCAACGCUGGGACGAGCUCAACGAAUUCUUCAUCAAGGCCGAGGUUCAAGUGGCCUUCGGUAUCAAUAACUUGUAUGGCCGAUCGAAGGAGAAGGCAGACCACAAUGUCACUGGUCCUUGGGAUCCCAGAAACACUUAUGAUCUGAUCAAGUACACUCGCGACAAAGGCUAUCCAGUAUUUGCCUGGGAGUGUGGUAACGAACUUUUGGGAUACGCAAUUGAGAAAGUUAUAAAUCCAUAUCUAUAUGCUGAGGAUGUCAUGAAACUGGAUGCCAUUGUGGACGAACUUUAUAAAGAUUCCCCCACAAAGCCCCUGGUUAUUGCGCCAGAUUCGAUCUACUUUAUUAACCAGACAGAGCUCCCGGAUUUCUUGCAAGCGGCAGGGGCAGGCAGAGUGGAUGUAGUAACCAAUCAUUACUACAAUUUGGGUGGAGGAGAUCUGAGUCCAGACCAGCUGAUUGCAAAUAUUCUCGAUCCAUCCUAUCCAAAUGACUUAGAGAAGAUUUACCAAGCUCUACAAGAUGUUAUGAAAAAGCAUCCAGCCUCAGAAACUUGGGUGGGCGAGGCUGGUGGCAUCUACAACAGUGGACGCCACGGGGUCAGCGAUGCUUUCAUCAUGGCUUUCUGGUAUAUGGAUCAACUUGGAACAGCAUCAUACUACAACAACAAAGUCUUUUGUAGGCAAAGCUACAUUGGGGGCAACUACGGGCUCUUGGAUAGAACAACUUUUCUACCAAACCCUGAUUACUACGGAGCCCUGCUAUGGCGCCAAUUGAUGGGGAAGGGAGUAUUAGACGUUGAUGUCGGUGGAGAUUCAAACAUCCGCGCUUACGCUCACUGUCAAAGACAUCACCAGAGCGGAGUAACAUUGCUAGUCCUCAACUACAGCAAUUCUACCUCAUACGACCUGACCGUCAAAAUCCCAGGCUCCGCAGAAGCCACUAGGAGACCCCGCCUUGAAUACCACAUGAGUGCUCCGAAUGGAAAUAUCUCUGGCCAGGUCGUAGCACUUAACGAUGAGCCAUUGCUGAUUACUCCUUCCGGGCAAGUUCCAACGUUGUCACCGGUGGAAAAGGAUCCAUCUACCCCAGUCACUUUGAAGCCGUUCAAUUAUGCCUACGUGGUGUUCCGAGAUGUUCAUGCCCCUGCCUGCGCUACACCUUAAAUUUAGUUGGACGACACUUGUAGAACGAGUACUGCCAGUAGAGGCGGUUUUAUUAACCGUUCUUUGAGGAUCUGCAGGAUUGUUCUUGAUAUCUCAGCCCUGCAUAGGAGGCAGUACUAGACUCGGUGAAUAAAACAGCACUCUUCAUAUUUUUUGUCAUGAGCAAGAGAAAGGCUGUAUGACUUCGUGAUAUUCACAUCAUUUGCUUUCAG